UGCACACAACAUAACACUUUCAUCUCUCUUUCUCUCUCAUAUUUUUCUUCUUUACAUAUAUACCUACGACAUGGCAUGUACCAGGUGGCUUUCUUCUCUACCAAAAACAACAGGUAGAUCACGGAAAGAAUGUGAGGAAGAUAGAUUGUGUAAGAAGCGAAGCGUGAAUGAAGAGUAUUUGGAAGCAUUCAGAACAAAGUCUUACAUCGAAAUAUGCAACAAAGCAAAAGGGGGUCUUGGAAAAACAACCACCAAAAUCUUAACUUCAUCUUCAUCUUCAUCUCCGUCUUCGUCUUCAUCUUCGUCUUCUUCUUCUUCUUCGGUUCCCUUGUGCAUGCAGCUUACAGAGUACUUGCUCGAGCCGCGGCAAGAGAUGAUAGCGAACAUAACGCAGAGGUUGAAUGUUCAUCGUCCUCUUGUGGACUACUUCGAAGCCACCUUGGAAGCGUGUCGUUGUUGUGACACGAUCCUUGAAGCAAUCCAUUCAGUAAGACUUGCUUACCGACGAAUCACGAGAGUUGCUAAGCUUAGAAAAAUUGUUCUUGAUGCCAACAAUGACGAACAAAUCCACAAGGAUGCCAUCUACAGAGAGCUUUCUUCAUUUGCUUCGCAAAACAACCCUUUCUCUGCGGUUGGCACCGCGCAGUUCCGUGACAUUCACGACAAGUGCGUGGAGCUUCUGGAUAGACUGAAACAGACGAGAAGGAAGAUGAGAAGGAGAUUGAGAAUGAAAAGUUGGUGCAAGAAGGUUGGUGGAAUAGCUCUUGUUGCUUCACAUUGUGUGGUUCUUGCUGGUUUGCUAGUGUUUGCUUUUCAUAGUGUGGUUGGGGUGGUGGUGGCACCUGGUAUUUUGGGUGGCUUGGUGGGUUUGUUGGUGAAGAGGGGUGGUGAAAGGGUAGGGUGCAGUUCUUAUGAGAGGGUGUGUGAGGAACUUGAUUUGGCUGCAAAAGGGGUUUAUAUUGUGAUCAAUGAUUUGGACACGAUGAGUAGGAUGGUGAAGAGGUUAGAGGACGAGGUGGAGCAUAGGAAAGUGGUUGCAGAGGUUUGUGUCAGGAAUGGGAAAUGGGAGAUUCUGAAGCAGGUUAUGAGAGAGUUUCAUGAACGUGAGUCGAGCUUUAUGGAGCAGUUGGAAGAGCUUGAGGGACAUAUCUACUUGUGUUUUCUCACCACAAACAGAUCCAGGAGGCUUGUGCUGCAAACAAUCACAGAGAAAAAGUAAAACAUUGAAAAACAACACACUUCUCUAUCUUCAUUGAUCAUCAGUUCCACCUUGUUGUAUAUAGAAAAAUGUUCACAGAGUUAGUAGUAGCUUAGUUAUGUUCAUGUAUAUGAAGCUUCUGUAGCUGUCACAGAGCAAUGGAGGAACUAAGGUUUCUCAUGCAGGACUUGAUCUAUUUUUAUGGCAUGGUGCUUUUGAUGAGAGCUUAGUGAUGCCUCAAAUGGUUUUGUUUUGUUCAAUUUUGAGACCAUAACAUGUAUUAUAGAUUGUCUUUGUUUUGGUUAA